GGGAGAGCUGAGGAGGGACUCGGGGACAUUUCCUCUGGACACUGAGUCCCUAACUAUCACAGCCAUGGCCAGUUUGGCAAGGGAAAGACAAGGCCCAGAGUUCUUCAGGAAACACAAGGGGGAGCUAGAGAUGCGUCUUGGUGUCCUUGCACCUCUUCUGAUUGACCUGGAGCGCAGCGGUGUUCUCUCUCCUCUAGAGAGGGAACAGGUGCAGAGCAAACCAACCAGCCAAGAACAGAACCAUGUUCUCAUCACCAUGCUGCAGAAGAAAGGAGCCGUGGCCCAAGAGAAGUUCUAUGAGGCUCUGAAGUGUCAUGACCCUCUUCUGCUGGAGGAUCUUCAGCAUUCAGCAGCGAGCCCAGCAGUGCCUGAGCCACAGCAAGGGGGAGUUACAAAAUCAUCACUAAAACAGAAACUUCAAGAGCACAUCAAAAAAAGGUUUUCUGUCAUCCAUCAACAUUCUGGAUUUUGCACUGUACAAGACAUGUACAGUGAGCUUCAUGUUGUCAAGGGCCGCUCAGGAGGAGUCAACUGUGAACACGAAGUGGCAACAAUUGACAUGAGCCAACUUGGGGCUAGACCAAGCUCUGAAGAUGAACAAGUCAAACUGGCAGACAUCUUCACAGCCAAGUCUGCCAGAAGUGUUUUGACUUUGGGAAUUGCUGGUGUGGGGAAAACUGUUGCAGUGCAGAAGUUUGUCAUGGACUGGGCUGAUGACAAAUCAAAUCAAGACAUAGACUUUGUUUUUGUUCUUUUAUUUCGAGAGCUGAAUUUGAAGAAAGAACAAUGCUUCAGUCUUUUGGGUCUGCUUUUGUUAUUCUACCCUGAUCUCAAAGAUUUGAAAAAAAUCACAGAAUUCAGUGAAUACAAAAUUCUCUUAGUCUUUGAUGGUUUGGAUGAAAGCAGACUCCAGCUGAACUUUGAAGAGUGGACCUCUGAGCCUGACAAAGAAUCCUCUGUGGACAUCCUCAUAACAAGUCUCAUUAAAAGUAUGCUACUGCCCUCUGCGCUCAUCUGGGUUACAACCAGACCAGCAGCAGCCAGUCUGAUCCCUGAUGAUCUCUUCAACUUGGUGACAGAAGUGCGAGGAUUCAAUGACAAACAAAUAAUGGAGUUCUUUGAGAAGAACAUCAAGGACACAGCAAAGGCCAAUAGUCUCACUGAUCAUAUAAAAAAGAACAGAAGCCUCCACAUCAUGUGUCACAUACCAGUAUUCUGCCGCAUCAUAGCGAGUGUGCAGGAUGAAAUAUUGAGGAAUGAGAGCAAAGGAGAAGGGGUCAAAACGCUGACGGAAAUGUACACACUGUAUAGUGUAUCUCAGAUCAAAACAAUGAACGAAAAAUACAAAGACAAGAACAUGAGUGCAAAAGAAAAAGGUCAGUUGCUCGUUAAGCUUGGCGAACUGGCAUUCAAACAUCUGGAGAAGGGCACACUGAUAUUCUACGAGAAAGACUUGACAGAGUGUGGUAUCGAUGUUUCUUCUGGAACAGUGAGGGCUGGCCUUUGUACACAGAUCUUCAACAUGGCGAGUGAUACAACUGGAGAGGAGCUAUUCAGCUUUGUACACUUAAGUGUACAGGAAUUCUUGGCAGCUCUUUAUGUUCUUAAGAGAAACGCAACUCACUGGACCAAUCGUCCCUUAAUCAGUACAUUGAAGGAGAAGACCAGUUGGGUGUCCAAACACUCACGGGUUCACCUCUACACAUCUGCUGUGGAUGAAGCACUGCAAAGCCCAAAUGGACAUUUGGAUCUUUUUGUGCGCUUCCUUCUUGGAUUGGCUCCAAUGUUGGAGCCUAAAAUCCGGUCCCCACUAGAUUUGAUUCUGCCACGUUUAUAUGUCAGAGAAGAGAGCAUCAGCCAAACAGUCCAACACAUCAAAGUGAAGAUCAGGGAAGACAUCUCAUCAGAACGGAUCAUCAACCUCUUCCACUGUUUAAAUGAGCUUGGGGACAACACACUGGUUGAUGAGAUCAACAGGUACAUAAACUCAGCAGAUGGGGAGACGAUCCUGACUCCAGCCCAGUGUUCAGCUCUGGCUUAUAUGCUGCUGAUGUCAACGGAGGACUUGGAGGAGUUUGAUCUGAAGAAAUAUCUUAGAUCAGAUGAAGGGCUCCGUCGAAUGCUUCCUGUAGUGAAAGUCUCAGAAAGAGUUUGGCUAAAUGUCUGUCACCUCUCUGAAGCGAGCUGUCAGCUGUUGAUAUCAGUGCUACAAAGAACACCUUCCCGUCUGAGAGAACUGGACAUGAGUGACAAUGGCCUGCGGGAUAAAGGGGUGGAAACGCUCUGUUUGGGACUAAGAGAUCCACAAUGCAAGCUGGAGACACUGAGGCUGAAUCGCUGCAAGAUCUCCCAAACAAGCUGUCAAGUUAUGGCAUCAGUGCUACAAAGAACACCUUCCCAUCUGAGACAACUAGACAUGAGCGGCAAUGACCUGCAGGAUGGAGGAGUGGAGCUGCUCUGUGUGGGACUAAGAGAUCCACAAUGCAAGCUGGAGACACUGAGGCUGAAUCACUGCAACCUCUCCAAAACAAGCUGUAAAAGCAUGGCAUCAGUGCUGCAAAGGACACCUUUCUCUCUGAGAGAGCUGGACAUGAGUGACAAUGACCUGCAGGAUGAAGGAGUGGAGCUGCUCUGUGUGGGGCUAAGAGAUCCACAAUGCAUGCUGGAGACACUGAGGCUCUCUGGUUGUCUGAUCACCCAGAAGGGCUGUUCUUUUGUGUCCUCUGCCCUCAAAUCAAACCCCUCCUACCUGAAACAGUUGGAUCUGAACUACAAUGACCCAGGAGACUCGGGUGCCACAGAGCUCACAGACAGAUUGAACGAUCCCAGCUGUAAACUAGAGAUGUUCAAGUAUGACCAUGGAGGACAAUUCAGGAUUAAACCAGGACCGAAAAAAUAUGCCUGUGAGCUCACGCUGGACCCAAACACAGCACACAGAGAACUCUCUCUCUCUGAGGGGAACAGAAAGGUGACAUGUGUGAGUAGGAAGCAGCCGUAUCCUGACCACCCAGAGAGAUUUGAGUCCCUCCCACAGGUGCUGUGUAGAGAGGGUCUGACUGAGCACUGCUACUGGGAGGCUGAGUGGAGUGGGGGUGAGACUGUUAUAGGUGAUGGGGCUGUCAUCGCAGUGGCCCAUAAAAGCAUGGAGAGGAAAGGGAGCAGUGGGGAGAGCAGUGCGUUUGGACACAAUGCCAAGUCCUGGAGUCUAUGGUGCUCUGGUAACAGUUACUCUGCCUAUCACAAUAGUAAGAAGACGGCCAUACCUGCCCCCUCCUCCCGCUCCAGCAGAGUAGGAGUGUACCUGGACUGGCCAGCAGGCACUCUGUCCUUCUACAGCGUCUCCUCUGACACAAUCACCCACCUGCACACGUUCCACUCCACAUUCACUGAGCCCCUCUAUCCUGGGUUUUAUGUUUAUAACUCCUCAGUGUCCCUGUGCCAGAUCACAUGACCUCCUAAUCUUGCACGAUAUUUGGGACGUGAUUGUGGGGUUUUUCCAACCAGUAUAGGGGGGGAAAUGUGUGCAUACCUCUACGUGUGCCUCUUGCACACAUAAACCCAACCAAUCAGAGCCAUCCUGCACCCUCAGGAAAGGGGUUACGGUUGGUGACGGUCUUUGUUCCCAAAGCACCUCAGUACACCUGCACAGAUGAGUCCAAGGUGCCACAGGGUAGACGGUGCACACCUGGUUGAGUCUGCAGUGUUAGCUGUGUGUGUGUUUAGGGGCCACCGCUCUUUUUCAUCUGACUUCAAUGUUCAGUUUGAAUGGUGAAUUUAGUGCUUCAUAGAGUAAUACAGUUGCUCUUGUCAAUCAUGUAAACGAGCACAGGGCAAUAGAAAACAUGUUUAGAAACAUGUUUUACUUUUAAUGAAGGAACAUAAAAGAACAUAUUAACACACAUAUUCAAAAUAUACCAUUUUCAAGGCAUGUGUAAUUAUCUAUAUGCAAAAUAAAUGUUUCACAUUAUCUAAAAAUACAUUCAACUUUUUUGUUAUCUAGUCUGUUGAAAAAAGUUUACGUGUGUAUGAUUGGUGUGAUUCCUUGAGGGGUGAUUAU